GGGGCCGUCGGUUGAGUUGUUCCCUCCCUUUUCCCUCUCCUUCCACUCCACCCCCUCUCUUUCCUUGCUAAUUACCAUUCUGCCCCUCUCCUCCACUCCCAUGGACAUGGUGGACAUGGCCGGCCUCUCCGACCCCGCCCUUGAGGCCUUCCUCGCCGACAUAGGCUUCGGCGUAGCACCGGUGACGGAAGCUUCUGCUCCUGCCCCGUCGCCGCGCGACCAGGGCACGGCAGAGCCGGCGGUGGAUGACGUCGACGACCAGGACGAGGCGGAGCGGCGGCGGCGGCUCCGGCGGAGGAUCUCCAACCGCGAGUCGGCGCGCCGGUCGCGCGCGCGCAAGCAGCGGCACCUCGACGAGCUCCGCGCCAGGGCCGCCGCGCUCCGCGCCUCCAACCGCGACCUCGCCGCGCGCCUCCGCGGCGUCCGGGCGCGCGCCGCGCUCGUCUCGCUCACCAACGCCCGGCUCCGCGCCGAGGCCGGCGCGCUCGCGCGCCGCCUCGCCGCCGCGCGCCGCGCCCUAGCGCUCCGCCAGCUCUACGCCGCCGCGUCCGCCACCGGCGGCUUCGGGAUGCAGAGUCUCGCCUCGUUAAUCGCGUAGGCGAUCCACGUGGACGCACGCACGCACGUGCGGACAUUUUUGACUUGGUCAACCCAUCCGGCAUGAACUGAAAUGAUGAACAACGAUCGAAUGAUUGAACUCCAACAUCCAUGUCAUCGAUCAUGUAGAUA